AUGGUUCCUACAACUUUAAUCGUAGCCAGUUUUUUAAGUUCCUAUGUAAUUAGUGAUUCCUGUGUGACGUACAAUUUUGAAGAUAACUUCAAUGAUAUACUAGGUAGCUACGGCAUAUGUAGCGGCAUGCAUGCAUGGAUUCUUGACGAGUACAGCAACUUGAAUUUAGACAGUCCAGAUGAGCGUAGCACCAAGUUUAUUACACCCAGACGUGCUAGUACUGCAAGUUGUUGGUCAUCGUUCGUAUUUACUGUUGACCCGGAUAGUAAACUGGAACUUAAAAUAUACAUGGAUUCAGAAGACAGUAAUGGUGGUAGCAUAAAUGUUUUCGUCGUCAUAGAUGGUACUGGUACAAUGGUAGGAAUGGAUGCCGUAAACUCUGCUAAUAUAAAAGGGUGGUACACGUGGGAAGUACCAGUGCAUCCUUCAUCUACAACUCAAGUUUAUGUAUCUAUUAUGGGCAUGGCAUCAGCGAGGUCUACAGUUUUGGUUGAUUCAUUUCGCAACAUACCACCUAGUAGCAAUGAAAGUUUAUGCCAAAUUUACGAAUAUCCACCGACAACACCUCAACCGACAACUACUCCUGAACCUACAACUACUCCGGAACCAACAACUACUCCAGAACCAACAACUACUCCUGAACCAACAACUACUCCUGAACCAACAAAAACUACUGCAGAACCAACCACAACACCGCGGCCAACUACCAUAAUCGAAUCAACAGUAACUAGCCCGAAGUCUACGACUGCAAGUGCUUAUGUUAGACCACCUACUGAUGCGGGAGAUAAUACAUCGUUUUGGAACAAAAUAAUCAUUACGUUUAAUAAUAAUAUAAAUGUUAAUAAUUAUUCACAUUUAAAAUAAUUGAUAUAAAAUCCGAAAGUACUUAUUAGUUUUAACAUGUGUUA